AUGACGAGUCGUCAUCUUCUUCAUCCUAAGAAUGUGUUUAUUAAUCGUGGAUUGUUAUAUUUUGAACGAAAGGAUUAUGAUAAUGCUGUGUAUGAUUUUCAAAUGUCGGCUAAACUCAGUCCACUAGACCACAGAAUACAUCAUACACUUGGUCUCUGUUAUCAUAAACUUGGAAGACUACAAGAAGCUGUACAAACAUUUACUGAUUGUCUCAAAUUAAAACCAUUCUUCUUGGAUGGACUAAUUUCUAGAGGUAAUGUUUAUAUGGAUUAUGGUCAUGCUGAUGGAUUGGACUUCGCAAGACGUGAUUAUCAAAGAGCGUUAAGACUAGAUCCAAUGUGUCUGCCAGCCAGGGUGAAUUUAGCCUACACUUUACAAGUUGAAGGUCAUUUGAUGCAAGCCUGGGAACAGUUUACAUCAGCUAUUGAAGUCAAGCCAACUUAUAAACCAGCAUUAGAAGGACGAGCUAUAGUUAAUCUACAGAUGAGUAAUAUGUUUGGUGCUAGUCAAGAUAUUACUGCUAGUAUUAAAGUUCAACCUACAGCUGAAUUGUUAACUAAUAGAGGUGUCAUACAACAGUUUAUGAAUGACAGUAUCAAUGCUAUGAGAGAUUACCAAGCUGCUAUAAAAUUAGAUAAGACCUAUUCACUGGCUUAUUUUAAUAUGGGUAAUGUUAACUUCCAUACAAGGCAUUUCAAACAGGCAUUGGAUAACUAUAACAAGGCUGUUGAAUUUAAUAACAAAGAUGAAUCAGCAUUCUUAAAUAGAGCUAUAACCAAAGUAUUAUUAAGAGAUGCUCAAGGUGCAUUAAGCGAUUUUAAGGCAGCAAUCAAACUCAGUCCUCAUUCAGCUCAUAUGUAUUUUAACCGUGGUAAUUUAUAUACAUCAUUACAACAAUACGACAAAGCUGAAAAAGAUUAUACAAAAGCUCUAGAAUUGGUACCAGAUGAUGCUCUGACAUUGAAACGUCGUGCUGAUGUUCGUGGUAAACUUGGCAAGAGAGAAGAAGCUGUUGCUGACUAUAAACAUGCUAUAGAGAUCCAGGGCCGUCCAAAACGAUACAAGUAA